CACUCUGUGAGCCGCGCCGGGAGGAGGCAGCAGCCGCCGCCGCUCGUGGUCGCGCAGUUCGUGCAGCCGCCGCCGGGCCCGCCGCCGCCGCGCCAUGGCUGAUCAGCUGACUGAAGAACAGAUUGCUGAAUUCAAGGAAGCCUUUUCCCUAUUUGACAAAGAUGGUGAUGGUACUAUCACAACAAAAGAACUGGGAACUGUCAUGAGGUCACUGGGUCAAAAUCCAACAGAAGCAGAAUUGCAGGAUAUGAUCAACGAGGUAGAUGCUGAUGGCAAUGGCACUAUCGACUUCCCUGAAUUUUUAACCAUGAUGGCCAGAAAAAUGAAGGACACAGACAGCGAGGAAGAAAUCCGUGAGGCAUUCCGAGUCUUUGACAAGGAUGGCAACGGCUAUAUCAGUGCAGCAGAACUACGCCAUGUUAUGACAAACUUAGGAGAAAAGCUAACAGAUGAAGAAGUAGAUGAAAUGAUCAGAGAAGCAGACAUUGAUGGGGAUGGGCAAGUCAACUAUGAAGAAUUCGUACAGAUGAUGACUGCAAAGUGAAGAGACCUCCUUUACACCUUUUUUCCUCUAGAAGAAUCAAAUUGAAUCUUUUACUUACCUCUUGCAAAAAAAAAUGUUCAUUUAUUCAUUCUGUUUCUGUAUAGCAAAACUGAAUGUCAAAUUACCUUCUGUCCACAAACUGCAUGUAAUGGUUGGUGGUCCUGUCCCUAAAAGAUAAAGUUAAACAUCAGUUUUACAAUAUAAAUAAUUGUACUACCUUGAAAAUAAAAAAAAAAAGGAAGCACUUAGUGAACUCAAAAGUUCCAUUUGCUAAUGACUAUUACACUGUUUGGGCUGGCCAGUUUUUCAUGCAUGCAGCUUGACAAUUGAGCACAGUCAGACAUGUGUAUUAAAAGGAAAAAAAAACCUAAAGGAUCCACUCUUGUUCAAUAGUGGAUUCUAAUUCAAUUUGUAGUAUAAAUUGUCAUAGCUGGUUUACUUUAAAAUUGGUUUAUACCUCAGGAUGGUAUGCAGCAAAAUGGUUGAAGGAUGCAAAACAUAAAGAAAAUGCCCUAAAGGUUGAAUGGUUCUCCUGUACGUAGCAGUGUGCUCCAAAAAUAGGAUGAUCUUAACUAUGGAUGGCAUGUCUGUUAAAAUACUGGUUUAACAUUGUCUGCAUUGCACUAUAGUGAAACGGGUGUCAGGCUGUUACCGUUCACAAAAUUUUUAAAAGAAACCUUCACCAAGGGAGCAUCUUUGGACUCUCAUAUUUUUAAAACCUUCUGUACCAUGACUUGGAGCUGGCGGAGUAGCCUGUGGACUUCAGCACAACUAUCAACAUUGCUGUUCAAGAUAUUACAGUUUAUGUCCAUUCCAAGUUGUAAAUGCUAGUCUUUUUUUUCCAAUAAAAGACCAUUAACUUAAAGGUGGUGUUAAAUGCUUUGUAAAGUUAAAAUAUAUAUAUAUAUAAUUGAGAUAAUAAACCAAAAAAGCAGUAGGAAGGAAGUGUUUCUAUGAAUGACUUGCUGCUAAAUUAUAAUGCACAUGUAUGCAAUAAGUUAUCCCCUAUCUUUUCAAGAUGGCAAGAACUGACCUCCUGUAACCCAAGACCUUUGCUAUAAAUAAAUGAACUUGUGCUUGCCUUUCAUAUUACGACAAUGUUAAUUUAGUUGGUCUCAAAGUCGUGUAAUGCUGACUCGUCAACUAUCAGCACAGAAGUAACACCUCAUUUCACUACAGUGGAGAGCUCUGAGCAUGCAUGUCAAUACUGGGGAAACAUGUAUAGGUUGCUUAUGUUUUUUUGACAGGUUAUAAAAACUAGUGGGAGAAUUUAAACAGCAUGGACUUCAUAGAUAUCUGUGAUUCUCAAACAUGCCAAAAAUGCAUUUAUCUGCCCGCAGAAAGAAAUCAAAAGGACAUUUUACAGUAUAUAUUAAAAAAACCAAAUUAAGCCUUUUUGGAAACCGGGGCUAUUAUGUCUUGACUUUUCAAACACUUGCAUGAAUUUUGUGGGGUGGAGAAGAGGACUAGGGUUAAUUUAAAAACGAUCUUGUUACUUCUGCUUUGCAUGCACUAGCAGUGCUUAGUCAUUCCAGUUCUCUGAAUAAGUGUUCUCUGAUCCUUCAGCUUCCCCAUGAAUGAGUGGCAAAGCAGCUGUGUGCACUCUUCUUUGUCUGAAAGAAGAAUGCUUCUUCUCUUUCUUUUUUCUUAUUUUUUUUUUAAGCAGAGCCUCCAUGUGGAAGGAGGCUUUUAUGCUUGGGAGGGAGGGACUACAGCAUAAUUACUGACUAAGUUUUUGUUUCCAAAUGUAAUGGGUUGAAAACCGUAGUUGUUUGAUUGCAUUUGGUUUUGGGGAAUAUUGAUACCAUCUCUAGGAAGAGAUACAGGUCUCCAUUCAUCCUGUCUAACUGAGGUGCGUGUGUUAAGAACUUGAUUUGCUCAGUGGGGGGGUCAAGAGACACCUCCAGAAGGCAAUUGAGACUGCCUGCCUUCAGUAAUUCUUAUUUUUUCUCCUGGGGGGUGGGGGGAGUUCUGGGUGACAAAGGACCCAGACACCUUAACCAAGUGCCUAAAGUUAGAUGGGCUGAAUGUAGGCAAUUGCUUAGGUAUCUGUUUGUUGCAAAGGCUUAGUACUGUGGCUGUGAAUGCUGUCCAAGCAAACUGGCCUCAAUGAUGGGAAUGUCUGACUACCAUUUGAAAGCAGAUUCUUGCAUAGCAGCUGCAAGCUACUACUUUAGUAGUGCUUGAGAAUGGCUGCACUGAUUCUGUAGACCAGCUACUAAAGAGAACGUACUCAAGAGACAGGCAAGGUAGGAAGGAUGGUUGCAGCUCUGAACUAAUUACUUCUGCCUGGGUGUGCAGAGAUCUUGUCUAGUAGGUAAAUGCUUCUUACCAUCUAUCUGUCAUUCACUCAUGGUUGGUAGGGUAGUUCACCUAAGAACAGCUGCUUUUAGCUUACUCAGUGUGCUCUGUGCUUGCUAGCAGAGACCUCAUCCUGCAAGAGGUUCUUGGCUUGAUUAGAAAUUGUCUGGCAGUGUGCAGUGUUGGUAUGCCCUGUAACUGAAUCUGCCUGGAGGUAUCUAAUUAUUAACUGACUUCAGUACCACAUCAACCUCGAGUAAAUGUAUCCUCUGUACAGGACUUAAGCUCUGUUCCCUUCUGCAUAGUGAAUAACUAGAAAAAUGAAAUGGUGUCAUCAAGGUCUUUUUUAAUUUUUUUAAAACUUUUUUUUCCUGUGAGUGUGUGUGUGUGGCUUUGGCUUUUUCCAAAUGUGAAAGUGUGGGCUGGAUACACUUGGUGCAUGGCUUAGAAACAUGGGACUGGAAAGAACUUCCUGGGUCAUCAGAUCCAGUCCCCUGCUAUUGCAGGCAACCGUGUCAUAUAAUCCUUUUAAUAAACUGAUCAAGCUUAAA